AUGGCGUCGUGCGAGCGACGCGGAAAACAACCGGAAGCUGCUGGAGCGAACCACAUUCAAGGUAACAUAUCUGACUCCCUGUGUCCUGCAGGCGUACAGCGGCCGAGUGGUCAUCAGGAAGAGCUUCCCCGUCAAUCGCACGGGGGGAGCUCUGGUUUAGAGCGUGGCGAUCCUCAGCAACCCCACGUGAAGGAGGAAGAAGAGGAUCCUCAGAUCAACCAUGUUAAAGAGGAAGAUCCACAGCAGCCCAUAGUGAAGGAGGAAGAAGAGGAGGCCGACGUCAGCACGCUGCCACUAAUUGCUGUCUCUGUGAAAAGCCGGGAUGACGAAGACGAGCCACCCGAACGGUCCCGGCUUCAUCGGGGCGGCCCGAGUGGAGAACGCCGCGGUGGAGGACCCCCGCCGGACGACCUCGUCGCGCCGCGGUCAGACAGCGACGGCCCGGAGGAACCUGGCAGGAGCCGCGCUGACUGUGAAGGUGACGACAAACGGUCAAAGUGCUCCGAGGAGGAGACAACUCUUAGCAACAAGGAAAGUCCACAAAUGUUGGAGAAAGGUUUGAGCGGCUCCGUUUGCGGCAAAAGCGUUGCUCAAAUAGAACAUGCGGUCGGGCUCACGGAAACACAGACUCGAGAAAAAGCCUUCUGUUGCUCCUGUUGUGGUAAAACAUUCUCUCGAAGGCCACGCCUACUAAAACACGUGGCAACGCACACCGGAGGAAAACCUGUUAGUUGUUCAACUUGCGGCAAAACGUUUUCUCAGCAGACCAACAUGGUCAAGCACAUGAGAAUACACACGGGGGAAAAACCCUUUGGCUGCUCAGUUUGCGGUAAGACCUUCUCUCGCAAGGAGAGCGUGUCAAUGCACAUGAGAACGCAUACCGGAGAAAAACCCUUUGCGUGCACCGUUUGCGCUAAAACCUUCUCCCAAAAAGGGCACCUGUCAUCUCACAUGAGCACGCAUACGGGCGAAAAGCCUUUCUGUUGCCCCGUUUGCGGGAAAACCUUCUCCCAAAAGUCAGACAUGGGAAAACACAUGACGACGCACACGAAAGAAAAAAACUUUUGCUGCGCGACCUGCGGUAAGACGUUUGCUCGCAAAUUAUCCCUACGAGGGCACAUGAGAAGGCACACGGGAGAAAAACCUGUCAGUUGCUCCACUUGCGGCAAGGCCUUCUCUCAAAAGGCCGACAUAGUCAAACACAUGCGAACGCACACGGGAGAGAAACCCUUUGGCUGCCUAGUUUGCGGGAAAUCCUUCUCCCGAAAGGAGCACAUGUCGACACACAUGGCCGUCCACACGGGUGUGAAGCCGUUUAGUUGCUCCGUUUGUGGGAAAACCUUCCCUCAAAAUUCCCACCUGGCCAAACACGCGAGAACACACACGGGAGAAAAGCCCUUCAGCUGCUUAACUUGCGGCAAAACGUUCUCGCUGGAGAUCUACCGGGCAAUCCACAUGCGAACGCACAGCGGCGAAAAGCCCUUUCUCUGCUUGACUUGUGGCAAAGCGUUCUCUCGGAAGCAACACCUGGAAGCGCACGGGAGAGUGCACACCGGAGAAAAACCCUUCCGUUGCUCAACGUGCAGCAAAACCUUCUCCCACGAUUCCAGCCUCUUACUGCACAUGAAAAUACAUACGGGCGAGAGGGCCUACCGUUGCUCCGUUUGCAGCAAAACGUUCUCCCAAAAGCCAACGAUGGAGAGACACGUGAGAACGCACACCGGAGAAAGACCAUUCUGCUGCUCCUUGUGCGACAAAUCCUUCUCUCGGCGGCCAAGUGUGGUGCGGCACAUGCGAACGCACACCGGGGAGAAACCCUUCAGCUGCUCACUUUGUGGCACGGCAUUCUCUCGAAAGACCAACAUGGUGGCACACAUGAGAACGCACGCCGGAGAAACGUGACGGCGUCGGCGGCGGGUCGAUGCCUUCCUCAAAGCGCUCGGCGCCCUCACCCUGCGUCCUACACCCCUGAACUGGUCGCCUGUCAGUCGCAGGGCACAUAUAGAGACGGACAACCGACCACAGCCAACAAUCAUACUGUCACUGAGUGGGAAUCGGUGCCACGCUGCCCGCACGCAAGUCAGGCAAGUGUACCGCUACAGCUUCAGCGACUUGAGUCUUUUUUUAACCAUUAUGUAGAAAGCCGCAUUGCUUUUAAUAUUACCAUGAAUUUAUAAUCACGACAGUUACUGUCAGCUUUUUUUAAGCAUUAUUAUACAAUACAAUACUGUACUCUAGAAUGAAACCCAAUCUUAAAACCUGUUUUUGUUGCAAACGUAAAUUUUGCAAGCUGUACAGAGGCUGUUGACAUUGCUUUAGAGUCCCUCGGCCAAGCAGGAUGCAGAACACAAGGCACUGUUCGGAAAAAAAAACUGCAUUAAUGAAAAAAAAAAUCAGUGAAACAGUGAAGCCGUGAAAGGUAGCGAUGGGAAAAAAAUGCACUUUAUUUAAUAUAUUUUUGGAGUCUUCGAGAUGGUGCUCUUGGUUCAGUGCAAUGGAAAAGUAAUCCAAUUCCACUGCAUCACAAGUGCUUCAUGAAGCUUCAGUUGUCCAUGACUAGUGAAAGGCGAACCGCGAGGGUUCACUGUAUUAAUGUCAGCAGUGUUUGCUUGCACAGCAGAGUGGUUUUCAAUUGGACUUUUGAUGUUUCUCAGCAACAUUUUCUUGGACUUUACUUCCAUACUGCUUGUCAUUCUGUCAAUGUUGAUUGUUGAUGUUUGAAAUGUUUUUUUAGUUUUCGCGGUGUUCCAUCAUGGAGGCGCAAUUAAACUAUUGUGGACAUCAGAACGGAGCGUUGUUCUUGACCGGCGCA